GUACUUUAAUUCACUCAUGCAUUUAGCUUUGUAUACAUAUAGAUUUAUAUACGGGAAUGAAUGUGAAUAGUUCUGAAGUUUCAAGAAAUGGAAUACCGAUGUUUAUUAUCACUUUUUAACUAUAUUUUAUGAUAUAUUUAUCAAAAAAAUUAUAAUUAAACAUUUCUUAUCAUUUAUAUACUCUAAACGAUAUCAUAUAUUCGUUUAUGAAAAUAUUCUUUAUUUUGAGUGAAGUUGCGUAAGGAAUAAUAAAUUUUGUAAAAUAUGUAAAAUAAUAUAAUUAAUUUUUUUUUGCGAACGAUUUAUAUUUAACAUAGGAAAUUAUUUAUAAAAUAUUAUUGUUCAUUAAGUAAUAUAAAUAACCUAACCGGUAAAAAUGGCAUCAUCAUUAUCAGCAUAUUGGGUAAAAUUUUUUAAAGGAGCAGGAUUUCCCCAAGAUGUAGCUACAAAGCAUGCAGUUGUGUUUUCCAAUAAUCGUAUUAAACCAGACAUGUUACCUGAUUUAGACAAACCUAGUCUCAAAGAAAUGGGAAUUACUUUAAUGGGAGAUAUGAUUGCUAUUUUGAGAUAUGCAAAAAAAGUGGUUGAAGAAACAACAUGUGAAAGAUUCUUAGUUGAUACAGAGGAUAAUGUUGGAACACCCAAACCAAUAGUUAAAAAAGUAGCAACUAAGGCAACUAGUUCUACUUCUAAAAUAAUUAAUUCUAAACUUAAAUCUGAUGUAUUAACUACAAAGAAGAUUGUUAAAAUUCCAACCAGUUCAGUUAAAAAAACUGUUAUUCCUAAAAAACCUAUAUCGACAUCAGGUGAAAUAAUUACUGAUUUAGCUAAUCAAAAGAAACAAACUAUUCUUAAAAGAAAAUUGAAAGAAGAUAAUGAAUUUGAUAGUAAUAAUGAAGAUGAAUGGCAAGAAUCAUCCAAAAAAAUAAAAUCACUUGAUAAUAAAGAUAAUAAAGUUGGAUAUACUAUAAUACUUCCAAAAGGAUCAACAUCUAGAAGUCAACAAAUUCUUAAAAAAUCUGAACAAAAACGAACUGUAUUUGAUAGGUUGGGUGAUAGCUCUGUAACUAGUACAACAAACCCAACUGAAACAUUACCAACAUUUAAUAUUACUGGAUUAGGAAAAGAUGUUUUUAAAAGAUCUGUAAGUGUUUUUAAUCGAUUAGGAGAUAAAGAUGCCAAAAAAGACAAUACCAUGAUUCAAACAGGUAUAUUAAAAAAUGGAACAAAUAAUACAGGAAUAUUAAAAACUAGAAGUCCUAGUUCAAGAACCUCAAUUCUUACAACAAAUAAAAUUAUAAAAAAAAAUAUGGGCACAAUGCGAGCUGAUCAAGAAGCAAAUAGAAAAGUUAUGUCUAAUAAUGUUACACAAUUAGUAAAAACAACUAAAAGAAUUUCUUUUAAUACAUCUUCAAGAGAUAACAGAAUAAUAAAAUCCAAUAUUACAUCCGGGAAAUUAGCUUCAGAAAGAUUAACUUCGAUACCGGCAAAAGCACGUUUAGGAGUGAUUAAAACAAACGGUGCUAAACAAGUAACUUUCGAUAGAAUUACGACAGUAGCACACGUGAAAAAACCAGAUGUAUUUAGUCGCCUUGGAAUUUGAAUAAUCAUUUAUAUUAUCUGUUUCUUAUUAAAUUAAUAUAUAUACAUAUAUAUAUAUAUAUAUAUACAUAUAUAUGUUGUGAUCAGAAAUUCUUUGUACAAAGUUUAUAGUUUCCUACUACAUAAAUGAAGAUAAGAAAAAAAUGAUUAUUAAGUUAUGUUAAUUAAA